ACGAACGAUUCCGUGGAGUCGACCGACCUCGCUGUCGCAAACGCCCUUCCCGCCGUAGGAGAAGGAACCGAAACGAAGGUUACAACAACAGGUAACAGAGAGGAGAGGAGAGAGAGGAGAGAGAGAGAGAGAGAGAGAGGAGAUGCCUUCCAAUCGGGUGCUGAGGGUUGCGACGGACGGCAGCGGCGAAUUCCGGACGGUGCAGGAGGCGAUCGACGCGGUGCCGCUCUCGAACCGGUUGCGGACAGUGAUACAGGUGGCGCCGGGCCUGUACCGGGAGCCCGUCUACGUGCCCAAGACAAAGAACUUCAUCACCCUCGCCGCCUCCCGCCCCGAGUCCACCAUCCUCUCCUGGGACAACACCGCCACCCGCAUCAACCACCACCAGCCGUCUCGAGUGAUUGGGACGGGGACUUUCGGGUGCGGGAGCACCAUCGUCGAAGGAGAGGACUUCAUCGCGGAGAACAUCACCUUCGAGAACAAAGCCCCCCAGGGUUCGGGGCAGGCUGUAGCGAUCCGGGUAACUGCCGACCGAUGCGCAUUCUACAAUUGCAGGUUCCUCGGGUGGCAGGAUACCCUGUAUUUACAUCAUGGAAAGCAAUAUCUGAGAGAUUGCUACAUUGAAGGAAGUGUCGACUUCAUUUUUGGGAAUUCUACUGCCCUCCUAGAACAUUGUCAUAUCCACUGCAAAUCCCAAGGAUUUAUAACUGCCCAAAGUAGAAAAUCUUCUCAAGAUUCAACUGGUUAUGUCUUCUUAAGAUGUAUUAUCACUGGAAAUGGUGGAACUUCGUAUGCAUAUCUUGGGCGUCCAUGGGGACCUUUUGGAAGGGUUGUUUUUGCAUAUACUUGGAUGGAUGCUUGCAUCAAACCUGUCGGGUGGCACAACUGGGACAAGUCUGAGAAUGAACGAAGUGCAUGUUUCUAUGAGUAUAGAUGCUCUGGACCAGGUUGUUGUCUCACAAACAGAGCCACAUGGUCAAGAGAACUGGUUGACGAGGAGGCUGAACAAUUUAUAUCACACUUGUUUGUAGACCCAGACCCUAGUUGGCCUUGGCUUGCGCAGAAAAUGGCAAUUAGAGUACCACAUUCAGCUUAGAGUUCACAAAGAUAUCGUCUAGCAUUCGAAUGCUGUAGUCACUAAAAUUGAGUGUCAGUCUGUUUAUGUUUGACUGGUGAAUUAAGUGGGUAAAAGUGUAUGGUUUUGAUAGAAAAGUUAAACGAUUUUGGAAUAUUUGCACACCUAACAUCGAACAUUCAGAUAACAAUUAUGUUCGUUGUGGUUGAAGAGUUUUAUUGUGGAUUAUUUUGUCCUACUAAAGUUACAUACUGGAAAUUAGAGUCUCUUA